GUCUUUCGUCAUUCAAAAAUUUUAAUUGACGAUAUUUUUUCUUACUUGGAACAACAGAAUGUUUUCUGUUGGGAUUGUAGAUGCAGAUUUUUACGUGGGAAAAACUAUAGAUGGCUUAAAUAUUUUGUUUUCUAAAUUUCGCGAGGGGAAUGUUAACCGUGUUCCAGUUUUGAGGAUAUUUGGCUCAACUCCUGGUGGACAGAAAACUUGUGUUCAUAUUCAUCAAGUAUUUCCUUACUUAUACAUACCUUACGAUGGAACUAAACCCACAGAUAAAUAUCUGAAACAAUUUACGACAAGUGCAGACUUUGCUGUUCAAGUUGCGUUCUGUAGAACAUCAUCUUCUAUGAAAUAUGUUCAUAAAACUGAAAUUGUUAAGAAAAUACCAUUUUAUGGUUAUCAUGAGAACGAAGAAGAGUUUAUUAAGAUGGAGUUGUACAAUCCAAGAAUAAUUCCCAAACUUGUUGAUCUUCUUCAGAAUGGAGCUAUAUUGAACAAGUCAUUUCAACCACACGAAGCUCAUGCUCCUUAUAUUCUACCUAUUGUGUUGAAACACCUGUAUUGAAUCUUGAGAAAGAAUU